AUGACUGUCCACGAGAUCAAGACCUACGAGGAGUUUGCCAGCAUCCGCAAGGUGAACAGAGUCGUUCUUGUUGACUUCCAUGCCGUUUGGUGCGGCCCCUGCAAGAUCAUCUCGCCCAUCUUUGAGAAGCUCUCCGAAGAUCCCAACUUCGCCAACAUCUACUUUGCCAAAAUCGACGUUGACGCCGUUCCCGAGGUCGCCCAGGAGCAGGGCAUCCGCGCCAUGCCCACCUUCCUGGCCUUUGUCGACGAGAAGAAGACGGGCGAGAUCGUCGGUGCCAACCCGCCCGCCCUUCAGCAGCUUGUCGCCAACGCUGCUUCCGCAUAG